AUGAAAUCUGGGGCAAGUGCUGAUUCUAUAUAUGAACCAACGUUGUGGUACUACAGUGAUGUGAACUUUUUACAUGAUCAAGAAGUGGCGUGUGACUCAGAAUCUUCUAUGGAUAUAACCCAAAAUUCUAACACACAAAAUUCUGUUGAAGAUGAUGUGGAACAAAACACGGUUAGUCAAACUUGUAUAUUGAAUGAUAAUGAUUGCAAGAAUGAUAAUGAUAGCACGGCUCCUGGGAAAAUUUUAAAGAAGCAUGCCUCUACAAAAGCCAAGAAUGAGGUAAAACUUAUGAAUUUGGCAUAUGAGCAUCUCAGUGAAAGAAAAAAAGACGAAUACACCUAUUGGGCUCUGGCUUGCGCGGCAGAUCUACGAAAAAGGGAUCGACCGCAACAAAUUUAUGCUAAAAAGCGAUUGCUGAAAUCCUAA